AUGGAAGAUACAUUUUUUGAGGAUGAUGAGCAUAUUUUCUUCGACGGAGACAACAUACCCAAACAAUCAAAGCUUAACGAUUAUAGUACCACAUGCUGUACAUAUACCAUCAAGCAAAUAAGAAGUGUAAAUAUUAAAGGAGAAUCAGGCUUUUAUAUUGACAACAAGAAAAUUAAGCUUGUUGGUAUUGUACGUACCAUCCAUAAACUUGAAAAUAGUGUUUCAUAUACUAUUGAAGAUGGAACAGGCGCAAUAGACGUACGAGUCUGGGAACCUAAUGUUUAUUGUGAUACUCUCAUGGACUCGAAUAGAUAUGUCUCUGUAUAUGGACGCAUUUAUGUACUAAAUAAUAAGCUUGUUACUGUCACGGUACAUAGAAUAUUUGUUGUUGAAGAUCCCAUGGAGAUUACUCUUCAUUUACUUGAAUGUAUUUAUACUCAUCUCGUCAAUGGCAAAGCAGAAACAGUUCUUGGUCUAUUUGAAAGAAAACAUAGUGGUAGUGAUAAUCCAAAUGAGUCUAUAGUUAAGCGAGCUAUUCACGAGUGCAGUUCUAAUAAAGGUGGGGCGUAUAUUCAUACUGUUGUGGUACAACUUCAAGGAGUAAUGCAAGAAGAGCAAAUUAUGAAAAUUAUCAGCAAAUUGAUGAAUCAAAACUUGGUUUAUAAGACCUUUGAUAACAAUCACUAUGCGUUGGCAGAUGGAAUUUAA